AUGCUUUUGCACGGCGCACUUAACAAAAAAAAGACGAAGAUCCCACCAGAAUGUAGAGUUAGCACAACUGCCCGUGUACUCCUAAUUGCAUUAAUUGCAAUAAUAAGUAGACUAUUUUGUAUAAUUUAUACGAUUAUAUGGAAUAAACUGAUAAAUAACUACAAGUUUAGUAACAAUAUAUUAUGUUAUGGGGAUAAGGGAGGGGGGACAUUAUGGCAGUAUAUAAAGUGUUUUUCGUACUGGGAUGGAGAAUAUUUUUUAAGACUUUCAUUAAAUGAAACUGAAUAUCUGUAUGAACAAAAUCAUGCGUUUUUUCCCUCAUUACCAUUAAUUAUAAUAUAUACAAAGAAUCUACUAAAAAGGUUUCUUUUAAAUAUGAACGAAUGCGAAAUGCAUGUUUUAAUAGCAUUAGUAAUAAAUAAUUUGUUUUUUGUUUGUUCUACAAUUGGAGUGUAUGUUUUUCCAUUAGUUCAUUUUAAGAGCAGAAAAAAUGCAUAUUAUGAUGAAGAAGAAGAAGAAGAGCAGCAAACGCUGCAACGACAGAAGCAACGACAGCAGCAACGACAGCAGCAGCAACGUGGAUAUGCACUGCCAUCUACAAGUGAACAAAAUUGCUUUUAUUUGCGUAAUGUUAAGGACAAGGAGGAGUAUAACCGCUUUAGUUUCUUUUUAUCAAUUUUAUAUACAUUUAGUAUAGGAAAUAUUCAUGUUAGUUCUUUUUAUAAUGAAAGUAUUUUUAGCUGUUUCUCAAUAUGGGGAUUUAACUUUUUACAAUUAUCUGUAAGUUGGUAUAAGAUGAAUGUUGUUUUCGAAAUUUUAGCAGUGAUUUCUUUUUUUAUAGCAUCUUGUUUUAGGUCCAAUGGUAUUUUAUUCUUAAUACCUCUUUUUUUUUUCAACAUACAUACCUGUAAAUUUUUUGAAUAUAUUAUUAGCACACAACUUUGUAUCAGUAAAGAGAAGAAACGUAAACAUAAAAUUACAAUAAUUUCUUAUUUUUCUACCAAAAGACACAUUUUUUCUUUUAUAAUUCAUUGGUUAAAAGCUUUGAUUGAAGCAAUAGUAAUAGUUUCCCCAUUCAUCAUUUUUCAAUUUUACUCGUAUCAGUUAUACUGUGUCCAACAAGAGCACAAUGAUUUGUGGAAUGAGCAAAAUAUAAAAUUUUCUUCAUUUCUAAAUAAUUUUCGUAAAAACUUUUUCAAUAAUUUCAAUAUAUGGAAUAAUAAAAAAAAUAUAUUGAUAAAUAGACCAUGGUGUAAUAAAAAACUUCCUUUUGUUUAUAAUUAUAUACAAUACAAAUACUGGAAUGUCAAGUUUUUAAAAAUUUUUAAAUCGCCAAAUUUUAAUAUCUUAUAUUCGGCACCUAUAUUUUUUAUAUCAUUUCAUUGUGUGCACAACUUUUUCAGAUAUAACAAAUUCAUCCCCUCCAAUAUAUUAGUCUUCUUUCAUCCCUUUUUUGGAAGCAUAAUUCAUUUGGGCAUUUUAUCUCUUUACAUUUUGAUAUUUGCGCAUAACGAGAUAAUACUUAGGCUAAUUAUAAGCUCCCCGAUGUUCUACCUACAUUAUGCUUACUUAUUAAAAUAUUUUGAAAAAUGGAAUUAUCUCUUUUUUGUGAAUUUAAUGUUUUUUUUUGUGGGACCUCCUUUAUUUGGGACAUAUAUUGGGUGGACAUAG